AAAAACUGCGGACGCAGCCGCAGUUCUUCAUAAAACUGCUGCUUGACGAUCUGCAUUACUUCGACGAAAAACUUUAUGGUUGAUCGUAUAAUGAAGCAGAAGUAGAAGUGAUAAAGAUGAAUUUGAGUUGCGCGGACGAGUAGAAAGUCAAAGAGUGAAUUUAACGUAAUAUUCUCUUGUUGAUCCUAGCUUCUAAUUUUUUGUGUUGCGGCAUCCGGCUUCGAACAAGGCAAUCUUGACGACCGAAGGUCAGGACGCAGUCCUCGAAGCCAUUCAUGCACUCGAUGAGUACCUAAUGUCGCUCACAGGCAAGAGCUACGCAGAAAUGCUAAACUUGUCACCACUCGAGCCCGAUCAUCUCGAGCUGUUAGGAAUCCUCCAAGAGAAGAAAAAUCCGCAGCGCGUGCCAGGAGUACCAAUCGAGGUACUGCGAGCACUUGCGAAUCGUCCAUCAACGGGAAAAACGAGUGUUAUGUCUGGUGGAGAAAAAGACAUUGACAUCAUCAGAUGUUGACCCUAAACGAAAUCGCUACCUUGUAGUUCUAGGUGUAGCAAAAGCGAUGCCUGACACUAGUAGUACUUAAGUGUAAAAAGAAAUUGUUUUUUCUUAUUCAUCUAGGAGGCUUAAUGAUACAAGUACACCAGUAUAAGCAUUGGAGAUGUAAUUGGCGCGUGAUAGCGUUUUAGUUUUCUUGAAAGCCAGCUCUAACAAAGCAGGAGUAUCAACUGGCGCAGCGCGAGUAUUAGAGUCGGACAACAGUCUUGCAAAAGCAGCCAGAGAGCACGCGGUGGAUAUCGGAACUAAAGCUAUUCAGGGCCAUAGAAGUAGUCGCGAGCUCAUGAAGCAAAACGACGAGUCGCACAGGUAAUAUAUGUUUUUUUUUUGUGUUACUCUUAAGGUUAUGGUUAAUCAUAAUAUGAGGAACAAGAGCUCCUCCUAAUUGGCAAUAUGAGGAACAAGAGCUCCUGAUUGGCGGCUGUAUUCUUUCUCAGUACCAGUAGUAACUAAUGCUUGCAUUGUUAUCUUAAGAACCUUAACACCAGAAGAAAUUCCAUCGAGGCAACAGGUGCAACAAGAAAUUUGUUAUCUAUGAACCAUGUUACUGGUCUCAGGAGUACGGCCUCAUCCCGAAUCGAUAGCUUCGAUAUGUG